GAACCAUGGCACCUCUCAAGUCGAGGCAGACAUUUUUCAAUGCAAGAUUUUUUCUUGCAUAAAUUAUGUUCAUGACGUAGUGCAAAAGGCCAAUUUUGUGGCAAUUUUGUCCGACUUUACAGCUCAAAUAGGUUUUUGUGAGACACCUCAAGGAUUUUUGAUUAUCUGAACUGUUGCAGAAAGGGCAUCGUCAUUAAAUAUUAAGAGAGAGGAGAUCCUAACAUUGCAACCCUCCUUAUCAAUGCAAAUACCUCUUUUGUGUGCAGUCACAGCGCCUGUCUGGGAGCUGAGAUGAAUUUUUAAUUAUGUGUGACUGAAACAAACUGUGACAAGGACCUUUAUAAGAGCGGGGGAUUACAGAAAAUAAGCUGCAUUUACGCGAAUGCCAGGAAGACAGAGACUGUGGUGGUGCAGUGAGCCAUGAACUCUCAGGAUCUCCCUGCCAAAGAUGCCCCACUUACUGUCAAUGAGCAGCCAUUCACUGUCUGACUGCAGAAGUCUUUUUUCAGCCAUUUAAAUCCUGCACUUUGAAAUUCCCUGCCAAAGACAACAAGGUCAUUGUAAUGUCUGGCCAUGAGACUAUUCGUGUGCUAGAGGUAGAAGUCGAUGCGUCUCUGCCAUCAUCAGUACCUGAUGGGAAGAGUGAAGGCAAAGCUGAGGAGGGAGCGGCUCGGCCUGCAGAGCAACCUGAGGCUGGCAGCACACAGGACGGCCCCACUGUGUCCCACAGCACCGGGGGAGUAGUGCUGGGUGAGCAGCAGGUGGUUUCUGUAGAGGCUCCGGCCCCUGCUGUCCAAACGCUGACUCCUGCUGUUCCCGUCAGUUUGUCCCUGCCGCAGCCCCAGGCCGCCAUGCCCAUCACUGUACAAGGCUGUCCACAGGUGCUGACCCAGGAAAGUUUGGCCACUCUGAUGACUGGUAUGAUGGCCCAGACAGGGUCCCUGGGGCAGCCCCUGCUCAUCCCCCUCAGUAUGGCGGGCUCCAUCAGUGGCCAGGGCGGUCUGGCUGUUCUCACCUUGCCUACCACCAAUGUAGCUACUCUCCCUGGGUUCGCAGCAGCUAAUGCGGCUGGAAACCUCCUCAAACUGCCCUUUGCUGGCCUCCAAGCUGCGACAGUCCUGAACUCGGUCCAGCCCCAACUGCAGACAAAUGCACAGACGAUGUUCCAGCCUCAAGCAGCUUCCAUGCAGCCAGUGCAGGUGACGUCUCAGCCAACACAUGUGACCAAUGCACAGGUUACCGCUGCUCAGGUGGCGGCAGCCCAGGCGACCUCUGCCACCACUACUGUCUCUCAGUCCAACAUAUCUGUAGCAGCACUCCAGACUGCAGGACUCUCCAUCAAUCCUGCCAUUAUCAAUGCUGCUUCAUUGGGAGCUCAGCCCCAGUUCCUCAGUUCCCUCACCUCCACUCCCAUCAUCACCAGUGCCAUGUCCAACAUGGCUGGCAUCACCAGCCAGAUCAUCACAAAUGCCCAGGGACAUGUCAUAGGAACCCUCCCACUGUUGUUGAACCCAGCCUCUCUGGCUGGAGGGGCUGCGACACCCACCCUCCCCCUUCAGGGUCUCCAGGUCCAGACUGUCACCCCACAGCUGCUUCUCAACACCCAGGGCCAGAUCAUUGCCACUGUAGGGAAUGGACCUGCAGCAGUUGCAACUUCUGCUGCAGUUCUGCCCAAAGCUGCAGCUCCUCCAACACUCACCAAACCUAACACACAGGCUUCGGUAACAACUGUCAAUCAGUCACCAGUUGUCAUCGCCCCGCAGCCGUCUGUACUGAAGACCGCCACCAAUCUCUCCUCCACAGUACCCAUCACCUGUGGAGACAUAGCAAAAGUGGGCCAGCUUGUCAGCAAACCCCAGCAGGUAGUCAGCAGCGAGGAAGGCAUUAAUCUGGAGGAAAUUCGAGAGUUUGCCAAGAAUUUCAAGAUCCGUCGGCUGUCCUUGGGGCUUACUCAGACGCAAGUAGGGCAGGCUCUAACUGCAACUGAGGGUCCGGCCUAUAGCCAGUCUGCCAUUUGCAGGUUUGAAAAGCUGGAUAUCACCCCAAAGAGUGCUCAGAAGCUGAAGCCAGUGUUGGAGAAAUGGCUGGCUGAAGCUGAGCACUGGAACCAGAAAGGCCAGCAGAAUCUGAUGGAGUUUGUUGGUGGUGAACCAUCCAAAAAACGCAAGCGGCGUACUAGUUUCACACCGCAGGCAAUAGAAGUUCUUAACUCCUACUUUGAGAAGAAUGCAUUGCCAACAGGCCAAGAGAUUACAGAAAUUGCAAGAGAGCUAAACUAUGACCGAGAGGUUGUGCGAGUAUGGUUCUGCAACCGGCGACAGACGCUAAAAAACACGAGCAAGAUCAAUGUCUUCCAGGUUCAGUAGCGACUUCAUUCUGGGAGGGUUCGCCGCUAAUCUCUUGUCGUUUUGGGAAGUUGAACAUUUAAUACAGCAGCACAGUUCUAGAUUGUGUUGUAAAUACAAGCUAAACUUUAUUAAGGUUGAAAGAAUAUUAACUUUUUGAGAAAAUGAAGGUAAUGACAUAAUUAAUUCAAUUUUAUUCAAGUGUUAUGAAAGAGUACUAAAAAUGAGUUGUUAUUGUAUUUUAAGGCUGUAUAUGUGUACACUACUUCUGUGUGGUGGGUACUCAGUCAAACUGCAUGGUCCUUUUAUCAUAUACAGUGAUAAUGAUACAUUAAUAAUGUCAUAUUUAAAAACAUUUGAUGAACUUUUAUACAAGUGGUUUUAUAAGAUAUCAAUCUGAAUUAUAAUGAGUGGCAGUGCAUUGAGUCACAUUGAUUUUAGUCACAUAAUUGUCACUUUGGCACAAUGGCUGACAUUACGCUGAUAUUUGAAUAACAUGCUUUUGCCACCAUGGAUGUUUGUAAAAUUCUACCUGCUCAUUUAUUUUAUAUUCACACAGUAUUUGUACCGUAUUUGCAACAUAAAUAAGAUUCUGACUGACAUAUGAUUCUGUAGACUAAAAGUAGGCAGUAGCCUAUAACGUUAUUUUCAUCAGAAUUAGUUGUCUAAGGAACGGCAAAAAUGACUUGGCUGUCUAUGGACUCCUGACUCUGCAACCAUUUUUGGGACAAUCAUCAUUUUGAUAUUUCUUGCUGAUAAUCACAAAGAUGAGCUUAAAAUCUGUAAUCAUUUCCUUUUGUUUGACUUUGAUAGUUUUAUUCAGCAGUGUGAAAUGUGUCACACUGUUGGAUGUCCAUAGAGAGGGUAAUUUCUGAUGUUCUGUGGACGACAGGUUCUUAUGGAAAAUAUAGUUAUAGCUUCAGCUAUUGCCUAUGAUGCCACAACUGUAAACUUAUUUUAGUUUUUUUUUUAUAAAGUUUGUUUCAUUUGUGAGUUACUGAUCAUGCAAAUACACAUACUAUAUGUGUGGGUGACACGUGUGUGAAUUCACCACAGUCUGUUUUGUUUUUACACUUUCUGUUUUUGUGCUUACAAUACUCUGAGAGUAUUUUGUGUUUCCUCUUUAUUCACUGUUGUGCUGUUCCCUUAAUGGCUUGACAAUGCUUUUACAUUUUUCAUCUCAAGUCUGGUAAAGUGUAUUUGCAAAAUAGGAGCUUAAUUGGCCUAUUUUGAAGUCAACUUAAAAUAGUCUCACGUUGCCUAGAAACAUUAACGGCAGAUUUUUUUUAGAUACUUUUACUAAACCUAAUAUCAAUGAAAUUGAUUUACUGAGUAAAAAAAAUUGAAUUAACUGUUCAACCAAGAAAGGGGUUUUCAGUCGGAGGGAGUUAGAAAAGUGUUUGCAUGUGCAGUAUGAAGUUAUUUUCUGUAGGAACAAUACUAUGGCGGUUUUCUUUAUCUUUCCCAAUUAUUCAAGAAUUCUUUGCACUUUAGUGACAACAGAGAAAGUAAAAGGGUAAAAAAUGGUUUAUGUACAGUGCAAGUUAUGUAUGUGAGAGAAUUUAAUUUCUGCAUUUUAAUGUUCUUGAACAGUAAGAAGCAUUGCUUUGAAAAAUGUAGCAUUACUGGUAAAAUUGCAAUCAUCAACUUGACACGCAACAUUUAUCAUUAAGAUGAAUGUACUUUUUAUGCAGAUGAAAUGUAAAAUACUUCAGAUUAGACAUAAACUCUAAUAUGCAUUAAUCACAUUCUUUGAAUUUAUUAAUUAUAUGGUACAUUUUAUGGUCAACCUCAUAUUUGCCUUUUGAAUAACAGUAGGACUAUAUUGCAGUGACAUACAGUAUACCUAACCAUAAAAUAAUUAAUAUUGCAAAGGUCUUGCUUUAAUAUGUGUUUUACCUUCAUGUAGAAUAUGGGAAGACACUAUAUGAUAUUGUUUGCUAUACUAAGUUAUCAGUAGAGAAAAGAAGAGCUAAAUUAUGAUUAUAAGAUAUCAACUAUUAGUCAUUUGACUCUGCAAAGCAUAAAAAGUUCAGGUCUUUGCAAGACAAAAUUUGGAUGCUUUUUGUCCUUUUCUGUCAGAUAAAUGAAAUAAACCCUGUCUUUAUUAAUCA